UUUUGGACUGUGAAAGUGUAGACGAAGGGACAACGACGACCAGCAAGAACAACGAUGGGCUCAACUAGACUCUACUCAAAAGGCCGCCUCCUCAGCCACAAGCGCGGCAAGCGCAACACGCGCCCCAACACCACACUCGUCCAAAUCGAGGGCGUCGGCUCCAAAGAGGACGCACAAUUCUACCUCGGCAAACGUGUAGCAUACGUCUACCGUGCCAAGCGCCCUAUCAACGGCUCGAAGGUCCGUGUUAUCUGGGGGAAGGUGACUCGUUCGCAUGGAAACUCUGGUGUCGUGAAGAGUAAAUUCAGGAGCAAUAUCCCGCCGAGAGCGUUUGGGGCUGCUGUUCGUAUUAUGCUGUACCCCUCAUCGAUCUAAAACGCAUGGAGAUGGUGUUUAGUAUCAGGUGCUUAUUAUGCCUUACCCAUGCUAUGCUGCAUUCUUUACCAGCUAUCAGCUAUCAACUGUUUCUGUACCUCCUCUAUCCGCAAUAAGAGCAAGCAUGCAUAUAUGGGCAAUACGCAUGAUUAAUAGUUGGGUUUGCAAGGUGUCUCGAGCGAAUAUGUACGAAAAUGUUUUCGAUUUAUAACAUUACUGAGGCC